GGGCAGCAUUGGCGUGUCGGCUCCGGAGUCGGAUGAGGAAGAGGAGGGAGGCGCUGCAGUCACCUCUGGCCCUGCUGCUGCUGCUGGCGCGGGGCCUAGCAAGCCAGCAGCUGCUGCCCCUGUUCCUACCGCUGAUGCCCCUACCGCCGCUGCUGCUGCUCCCACUACCAGCGACACUACCCGUAGUGGCGACGGCAGUGAUGUGGAGGUGGUGGUGGAGCGAACACUGGAUGAUGUGUUGGCGGAGCGUCGUCGCCUGGCACUGCUAGCAGGCGACCUCAUCGACCUGGUAGAUGGAGGCGGAG